UUAGAGAAAUUUGCUCUAGCAACAGCAUAAUGUCCGAAAUGUGGAGAUAGUCUUUUGUACAAGUUUGUCUGCUGCUGAGUUCCAAGUUUCAACUCUUUUUCUCUCUCUCCCCAAUUAUUUUUUUCUCAAAGAUCACUGCUUUUAAAUCCCCAGAGUCACCUUAGACUGCACCCCUCUCUCUCUCUCUCUCGAUUGCUUCUCACGAACUCAUGCUUUGUGAUUUGUGGCCGUUAUAAUAUGGAUUUUGGGGUGGUGAGUUUAGAGGGUUUAGUAGGUCCAGAGAGUGGAGUAUCUUCUCAUCAGGUAGUUUCUGACACGGAGGCAAUCAAGCCAAAGAACAAUGGAUCUGGGUUUCUCAAGCAGGAGGGAUCUGAGUCUGGUGAAGAUGAAUGGGGGAGGUCCAAAAUGGCCAGACCUGAUGGCUUUGAUGAGCCGCCCAAGACAAUGUUGCAUCAGCAGGGGACUGGUCUGCUGAGAUCUAACUCUUUGCUCUCUGCUGCUCUUGGCGGCGGUGGCCAACACCACAACAUACUCAGCUUCUCUUUACCCAAAUCAGAAGUUCAUUUUCCCAGUAAAAAUGGUGGAUUAGUCUACAGGAAUACUCAAAACUCAGUCAUUCCUUACUAUCAACACUCGCCUUAUUCUUACUCUAGAAAUACAGGAUAUGGUGCUGGAAGCUCCAAUGCAGGCAUGCAUGGGUCUUUUCCUGGGAUUAGAGGGCCAUUUACUCCAUCUCAGUGGAUGGAGCUGGAGCACCAGGCCUUGAUCUAUAAAUACAUUACGGCAAAUGUGCCUGUUCCAUCCAAUUUGCUCAUUGCCCUCAAGAAAUCCAUCAACCCAUUCGGAUUAUCCGGUUCACCUUCUUACUAUGCCCCCAAUUCAUUCGGAUGGGGUUCUUUCCAUCUAGGUUUCUCUGGCAACAAUGAUCCUGAGCCCGGGAGGUGUCGUCGUACGGAUGGGAAGAAAUGGCGGUGCUCAAGAGAUGCAGUUCCUGACCAGAAGUACUGUGAAAGGCACAUAAAUAGGGGCCGCCACCGUUCAAGAAAGCAUGUGGAAGGCCAGACUGGCCAUGUUGUCUCUGGAUCCACUACAUCAAAGGUGACACCAAUCGCCUCUUCAACUUCAGCAUCGGUAGUGUCCAGCAGCAGUGCAUCCAACACCCUCAAUGUCAUGCAGCACCAGUUCAACUCCUUGCAGCCUGGUGCUACCAAUCCUUCUACAGUUGCUCUCAUCAAUAGAAGACAAAAUCCCCAAGACCUGUCCAUGGUGUCCCCUGCCAUCAACCUGAUGCCUAAAGGCUCUGGAUUCUCCGUUCAAAGACAUGUCCCAUUAGAUGGGUUCUCUCAACCAGAGUUUGGACUUGUUUCUCAUGAUACCUUCCUCAAUCCUUCACAGAGAAGUUCCUACUUCAAUCCUAGGGACUAUAACUCUUUCGUGGAUUUCGGUGACCAAAAAACCCGUGACCAACAUUCACUUCGCCAAUUCAUUGAUGACUGGCCCAAGGACCAAUCCAAUCGUAUCACCACUGCCUGGCCUGAAGAACUGAAGUCAGAUUGGACCCAGCUCUCAAUGUCAAUUCCUAUGACCUCCAACUUCUCGUCAACAUCAUCGCCAACCCUACAAGAGAAAAUAGCCAUCUCACCGCUUCGGCUAUCUCGUGAAUUGGACCCAACUGAAAUGGGUUUGGGGAUGAGUAAUGACCUUAGCGAAACAUUUCAAAAGCAAACAAAUGGUGUACUAGUCUCUUGGGGAAGUUCAAUAGGGGGUCCGUUAGGAGAGGUCUUGAACGGCACCUCUGGCACUGGGGGAGCCUGCAAGAAUUCAUCAGCUAUGAAACUCGUGAAUGAAGCAUGGGAUGGCAAUACUCAAUUGGGAUCUUCCCCCACAGGUGUCCUGCAGAAGACUACUUUCGUUUCACUUUCAAACAGCAGUUCAGGAAGCAGUCCAAGAGCUGACAAGAAGACCAAUGAGUAUGGCAGCUUUUGUGAUGACGGGCUGGGUUCAACACUAGCAAGUUCCUUCUCCGUACCAUCCUUGUAAUGAGAGCAAAUCAGCAAAGCAAGAAAAUGAAAUUGAUGGUAGAAGAGUGAGAAAGUUUAGAAUAAGAGUCAAUGGAAGAAGAAUGAGGGAGUUUAGAACACCUCAAUUGAAUUUAGUAAUUUCUCUCUCUUGUUUCUGUUUAAUAUGGUUUGCAAUGUUUUAUCUUGUUUUUGUUUAAUCAAAGUGCAUUAGCCAUUUCUGCUUCUAUUUGGGUCUAAAAGUAAUUAAUGUUAUAAUUCAGUGCAACCUUAUUGUGAUGUGUUAUCUUAAUCCCUUAGUUGUACAUUAUUGAAUCAUUCGAACAGGCAUGCAUUACUUAUAAAUGCUUUGUAAACAUAAUUUGAUAUCAAAUUUGCAUUGGUAUUUCUGGCACAUUAGGAAUUGAAACAGGCAUUUGUGAA